UUGAUUCUGGGGUUGCUAGUCACUUUCCGCUGCCACAGGUUUCAGUUUGCCCGUGACCGGCGCCCCGAGUUGUGUGUUUGUUCGCCGGACAGAAAAGGGAGCACGCUGGAAAACGCCAGACACGCUGGUUUGUGGAAGGCAAAACUGUGUUGUCGCCUGUUCUUUUAGAGGGAAAGAAAAAGCGGAAUUUCACAUCAAACUUUUCUCACUUCGAGUUCACUGUGCCGUGGAGGCUUUCUUCAUCUCCGCAGCAAUGAGGAUGGUCAACUAUUCUUGCUGUCAACUGCUCGUGUUACUGACUUUUACCUGUCUUCUAGUGGUGACAGCAGCAGAGGCAUCCGUGGACUACAACGCAGACAUGGCUGUAGAGGAGGUUGGUCGCAUGUUCAACAUGCUGUUUCCUUUGCUGCCUGCGGUGGAACGGACGCCUCCAUCCGUUUCCUGGCGUUCACUCGAUGAAGAACGAGGAAGGAGCGACGAUGAGGACGACAGAAGAAACGGACUAUCGUUGGGGCCCUCGGAAGUGGCCUUUAGCGGCCGGGAGGGCGGCAGCGGCGGACCGCCGCCGCUCAGCCACCCCAAGCGGGCGCAGUCCGAGUGCCUCAUGCGCUGUUUAGGCCAGAGAAAGCUGCACCCAGUUCAGUGCCUCACCCUCUGCUGAGGGUGGCACACGAACCUCACACGGACGCCCAACAAACGGACAUCUGGAGGCAAAGAGACGAAUGGCAGAGCUGACAGUAAGAUGGGCGUCCCGAAGAAGGAAGAGGACCUGUUACGCACCUGCCCUCUACACAACAAUCAAACGACGAACAAGAAAAACCAAGACGGCGCUUUGGCAACAAAAUCAAGGAUAUCUAGGUCCACAACCACUCUGGAGAGGGGCAUUAGUAUCAUUACGAAAGAACGAAGCUGCCCACUACUCCGUGUCUGCUAUGUGGGCGAACGUAUCUGACUUACCAAACCAGAAUAAACGUGUUCGAUAAACUAAAAGAGCCGUAGGGGUACAAGCAUUAUGAUUUACUUUGCAGAUGUUUAUUUUUCUAAGUUAAUAGGAGCACCGAUGUAAACGCGGUGUUCCAAUCACCGUGACCCUAUACCCUCAGUGUUAUCUUUCACUAGGUAGGUUCCACCCAAGUCUGCUGUUCCAAGGUCCCUGCUGUGUUUGUAGCAAUGAGAGAGAGAGAGACAGAGCUCCCGUUGCUCACUGUACCAACCUAGCAAUCUCCUGUAUAAAGUGCAAUAACACAUCUUUGAAAGCGGACGCGCGUUUUCCGGUGUUUACUUCGCUGUAUACUUGUGGCAUUUAUGUAAGCUGGUAUCUGUGUUCAUGAAAGGUGUACGGGCAGCGACAGUACAGGUACACAUCUAUUUCUUAGCGCGAUCCGUUUGUCGUAGCAUGUGAUGCCACGAUUGUGUCUUGUUUAUUGCUAACUAUCUCUUUAUCCUGUUCUACAACAAUGCCUUGGUUCAAAUAAACUUGUCGUUCUGUCCAGCA